UGUCUUCCUGCUUUGCGACCAUCUCCCCUACUUCCCUAUUGUAAACGAUACUGGUGCGUGAUGAGGCUGUAUCUUAUGACGAUACUUGGUCAAUAUGCAGGAAUAUUGACAAACGCCUUAACAACAAGAAUGGAUACUUCUACUGAAACACCAAUGGCAACUUUUACGACUACUGCAUCUACAGAUCCAUCAACGGCGUCAGCAAUUACCACGUCUCCACACUCGACAUUUAGCACUACGGAUGCUACUUCUUAUACGACCACUACAUCUACCGAUCUAUCAACGGCUGCAACAAUUACAACGUCUUCACACUCGACAUUUAGCACCACGGAUGCUACAACUUAUACGCCUACUACAUCUUCUGAUUCAUCAACGGCGUCAGCAAUUACAACGACUCCGCAUUCGACAUUUAGCACAUCGGAAGCUACAACUUAUACGACCACUUCAUCUACAGAUCCAUUAACGGCGUCAGCAAUUACAAUGUCUCCACACUCGACAUUUAGCACCACGGAUGCUACAACUUUUACGAUCACUACAUCUACUGAUCCAUCAACAGCGUCAGCAUUUUCAAUGACUCCGCAUUCGACAUUUAGCACCACGGAAACUACUAAAACAUCGAGAGAGUCAUCAACAAUGUUAGCUGAUAGUAAAACAACUGAAAUAAUAUCAACAGCAAUGGAGACAAGAACGAUGAAAAUAUCUAGUUCGACACCAGAAAGCACAAUGUUAACAGAAACAACAAUGGAACCGAAUAAAACGGGCAGUCCCACUGUAACAGAAAAAACGAACACAUCGAAUGACGUGAUAAUAGCUGUGGUUGUUGCUGUGUUACUUAUAGUGCUGCUGAUUGCAACGAUUGGUGGUUUUCUUCUAUUUAGAUACUUCAAGAAAAAAAGAGCUGAAAGAAAAAAGAAAUUUUCUCAUGUUGAUUUGUAUAUAAACACGUCAUAUGUCGAAGAUGAGUUUAAUUAUGAAAAAUUUGUGAACGAUGCAAUAGGUGAUCAUGACAAUUACGAUGACUUAAAUCUCAGAACGAGUCCACCCGGAAGUGCAGCUACUGAAAUUGAGCAGUUGGAUUUUAACCCGAGAAGAUCUAAUGUUUACGACAAUUUAAAAAAAGACAAAGAGACAAAUCCAUAUGCUAAUACAGGCACAGUUCAACAGGACACUAAUCCGUAUGCUAAUAGUGACGUUACAAAGGACAGAAAUAUUCCACGCUCUAAAUAUCCAAUGAUGUCAUCGUUUAAAGAUGAUACAGUAUAGAUAACAAAUUUAUGCAUUGUAGGAUUUAUUUUCAUAAAAAUAUGGGUAUUUUGUAAAAACUUAAUCCGUCGAAAUGUAUAUAGUUCGUAUUCAGUCCGUAGUGAUUACCAUGUAUUUCAUUAUUUUAAGAAUAAAAGAAGAUGCAAUCAUUUUGCCA